AUGAAAAUCCCAUAUAUCGACACGAGUGGACAAUUCAAUUCAAAAGGUGGAAUUUAUUUUUUUCCCAUUUCCGGUCAAGGUGAUUUUUCAUUUAAUUUAACCGACGUGUCAACAGUAUUGAUCGUGCAUUUAGGAUUGCAAACAAACGAAUUCGGUUUGUCUUAUUUUACCGUUGAAAAAUGCGACAUGGUACUUUUACCCGGUGAUAUAAAUGCACACUUUAACGAAUUCAUUGACGGCGAUAAUAAAAUUGGUGAAGCAUUAAAUGAUUUUUUCAAUUCGAACGCUCACGAAAUAUUCGAAAGCAUAAAACCGCAAAUAUUUAAUAUAUUUUCGAAAAUUGCAAAUGCGAUUGCGAGCGAAGUACUCAGCAGACAUCCGGCGAAAACUUUGCUACCGGAUUGA